UUCGUCCAGAUUUCAUCUCUCACUCUCAGAAUCGGAUGCGACGAUUGGAACUGAGGGCCAGAGAGAGGCGGAGCUUACAAACAGCUGAAUUUAUCAUGGGCGUGGAGACAGCUAACUGUAGACAGAACUGCUCCAAGCCACACCCACUUAGUGAUAACCUUUUCAAACCCAGGGACAGAGCCAUCUCAUGCAAGGAGAUGCAGUGGAGAUCCAGGCGGAUUUACAACAAACUCCCUGAGGUGACCAAAAAGAAGGAGGAGGAGAGGAAGCGGCUGGUGUUGGAAACCAACAGACUGAGGGCAGAGGUGUUCAAAAAGAAAGUUUUGGAUCAGGUUCUUCAAAGACACGGUGACUGAGGGAAGUGCCAGUUCACAAGAUUCAUAUCCCCCUGCGUUCACCUUGCCUGAGGCAAAGAGCUGAAGACAAGGAAGACCUUUGCAGCUUCCUCCUGACAGCAGAGCUUGGUUUCUGAUGCAUUGUUCCAAAUAUAAAACACCUUUUCUUGGACCUGGGGUGAAACCAUAUGACAUAAGAAUGCAUGACAAAUUGGGCUGUAUGAUAGGUAUUUUUGAAAAUGCAGUAUAAGAACAAGAUUCUAGACCUGGUUGGAGUCUGUUUUCUGUUGAGAAUAUGCUGUAAAAUAAAUACU